UAACAUCCACCUGCCCUAGAGGUGACUGAACCAUCAAUGGGAGAGAGAGAUAACAACCACCUGCCCUAGAGGUGACAGAACCAUUAGUAGAGAGAAAGAGGAAGAGGUAGAGCUGACAACAGAAUAACACAACAACAAAGACAGCAUCUACAACAACAGCAAACAUCAGGGAUGGACCAAACUCUGUUCCUCCUCCUUGCUUUCUCAGGGCUGUCCAUCCUCCCCUCAUCCCUCCCUCAUCAGUUCCACUUUGUGAACUUGAAAACGACCUGGACUGAAGCUCAGAGUUUCUGCAGACAGAACUACACUGACCUGGCCACCAUAGAUGAGGACAUGGUAGAUAUGAAGAAGAUCAAUAACACAGUAUCAGCUGGUUGGAUAGAAUCAGCCUGGAUAGGACUGUAUAACAACAUAUGGAGGUGGUCUCUGGGAGACAGAGAGUUAGAGGGGGAGGGGUUUUGGGCCCAAACACAAACAAAUAAUGAUCCCAGCAAAGAAGAUGUCUGUGUGUAUAUGAUGCUAAAUGGGUAUAAGCAGGAUCACAACUGUAAAAGUGAAUGGCCUUUUGUCUGCUAUGAUGUCAAAAAUGCAACCAAUAAGUACAUUCUCAUCACUUGGCCUACGACUUGGAGUCAGGCUCAGAGCUACUGUCGGAAGAAUCACACAGACCUGGCCAGUGUGAGGAACACAACAGAGAUGGAGGCAGUAAAGAGUAUCUUAAUAAAGAGUAUCUUACCUAACUUCAGUGAUAUCGACAGAGUGUGGAUUGGCCUGAAGAAAUCUCCUGGUGUCUGGAGGUGGUCUGACCAGAGUGGCUCCUCCUACAGAAACUGGGACAUAAGAGAGCCGAAUGGGGCAGAUGUGGAAAAAGAAGUAUAUUUCUGUGGAGAAGUAAAAUCAUCUGGAAAGUGGAACGAUGCAGGAUGUACUCACAAAAAUCCCUUUAUUUGCUACGAUGAUGAACUGGUCCUGGUCUCAGAGAACAAGACGUGGUCAGAAGCCCUGUGGCACUGCAGAGACCAGAACAUGGAGCUGGUGUCUGCCCACAACCAGAACAUCCAGCACUGGGUUCAACAGAGAGCCAAGAAGGCCUCCACUCCCUUCGUCUGGCUGGGCCUGAGGUACACCUGCACCCUGGACUUCUGGUUCUGGGUCAAUGGAGAAGAGUCCUGCUACCACAACUGGGCUGACGGGGAGGGCUACAACACCAUGAAGGAGCAGUGUGGGAACAUGGGGGCCAUACAGAGAGACGGGGGACAGUGGGUCGGCAAGUCUGAGACUGAGAGAUUCAACUUCAUCUGCAGCAACAGUACUGAUUACUAGGACCAGAGCCUGUUCUCUGGACCAGCUGAACCGUACAGUCCAACACGUUGUUACAGAUCCUGCUCUGUUGACCACCUGAAUCCUACAGCCAAGAAUGUUCCAGACAUUCUCACAUUUACAUGAUAUAAGGUGUUGGAAAAUCAUUGUUUUAAAUAUACAUAUAUAUAUUCUUUUUUACAGUGAGCUCCAAAGUAUUGGGACAGUGACAAAUAUCAUUCCCCCAAGACAGUCUAACCUCUCACCAUUACAAUAACAGGGUAGGUUAGCAUUUUAUAUCAUACCCCCAAGACAUGCUAACCUCUCACCAUUACAAUAACAGGGUAGGUU